AUGGAGACAGCAAUGCUUCAGCAACUGCUGAAUACCUCCUGGAUCGAGCCAGCCAGCCCUGUGAGCCCUGGUAUUAUCGAACUAUCUGCCAUGGACAGCUUGACAGCACCUGUUUACCCUUCGCCAACAUUAUUCUUUCCCCUCAAGCCGGGUGUAAACCCAUUGGACCUUUAUAGCGAUUGCAAACGGGGUCUCGCGCGUUACUUGUAUCAGCACCCUCAUCUCUGCGGGAAAAUUGUCAAAGAUGAGACAGGACGAAAUUCGAUUGAAAUAUCUCCGGCGCCAUAUGCUGGUGCUCACCUUGUAUACUACGACCAUCGGGAUAACAAGGAAAUGCCUUCAUAUGACGAGUUCAAAAGGUUUGGCUUUCCCUUUGCCGAUGGCAAUAGAGACGGGCUAAGCAAACUUUGCCCCGAGAAUUUCCCAACAGUCCGAACUGGUGACCCUGUUAUCAUCACCCGUUUCAAUGUUAUCAGAGGUGGGAUCGUGCUAACAGUCUCUAUUGCCCACGCAAUAUGCGAUCUGGUUCAAUUCAUAGACUGUAUAAAGUCCUGGGCUACCCAUACGCAAGUUGUUUCCAAUGCUCGGAUGAGAAAUGAGCCAGAGCCUCCACUGCCGGAACAAGUGGCGCCGCAUCUGGUGGAUCGGUCGCCAAUGAAGGCCAACUCACAGAUCGAACAUGAUCUUGAUAGAGUGGCGGCUCGGGCAGCAAAUCUUCCGCAUUGGACAAUGCUUGAUCCUCGGAAGCCAGAGAGUAUAGGUUCAACAUUGGAAAAUCUCUUCACAUCGGCGCGUCUGACAGAUUCUGAUCUCGCCUCCUCAAAUGAAGCUAAGCUCCGUCAACCGUCAGCCAGCGUAUGGAAAUUUCCCAAAUCGUCAAUACGGAUUCUUGAUUUCAUGGCUAAGAAGGGGUCAUCCGGAAAGACAAAGUUGUCGGCAAUCGAUUGCUUAACCGCAUUUACCUGGCAGCGCUUCUUCGAAGCAAAAUGGGCCCCUGAUCAGACUGGUCCAGAGCUUGUGCCUGAAACGACGCGUAUCGUUUAUGUGGGGAGUGUUCGGCCUCGUCUUACACCCCCAUUGCCCCUCAACUACCUGCCAACAUGCGUGGAUCUAUUUCCGGUCACUGCAACAACUAAAGGAUUCUACGCCUGCUCCCCUCGAUCUGUAGCUAAGGUAGCUACCCAGAUUCGCAACAGUAACGACAAUUGGAGUGAGAAAGCAUUCCGCGAGAUGCUGGAAGUGGCACAGAUGCAUCCAUUUAGCCCUGGUAUAGUCCCAAACGGCCCUCUAGACGCUCUCACAACGGAUCACACGCGCCUUGGUACAGCUGUAGCCGAAGAUUGGGGUGCUCUCGGUAGAUGUGAGGCGUAUCGUGAGCCGUAUAUUGGUCGAACGCCUCCACUAGGCGAGAUUACAUUCCUCCCGCGAUGGCAUAGUGGGGAAAUAAGCGUCAUGUUUGCUGGUGAAGCGAUUGUUAUGGAAAGAUUGAGAGAUGAUGAGACGAUGAAUGCUGCUGCUUCUUGCCAGUUCAUCAUGCAUGACUUCCCCAGGACAGCCAAAAAGGUCAAGCGGCCUUCCAGGUUGUAA